UCCCCCCGCUGUGUCUCUGUCCCCCCCCCCGUGUCCGCGCCUCGCCACGAGUCGCCUCUCGGGGUGAGGAGGCCGAGGAGGCGGAGGAGGCCGAGGAGGCGGAGGAGGCCGAGGAGGCGGAGGAGGCCCUGGGCGACUCGCCUGGGCCUAGAACCCCGCUAGGGCCGCGCGUUCUCUUCGUUAUUUUUGGUUUUGUUUGUUAAGCCAGGUUAAUAAAACCCUCAGUAUCCACCAACACCACCGCCGUAUCGCUUCACCGCCGCGUACACCACUGCCUGCCAACACAUUCAUGCACCAAGCGAGGUAGUUAACGUCUCCUAACCACCCGUCAGGCGGCCCGCAGAAAUGGAGGCGAGAGACUCGGUGGAGGAAACAGACUCGUCCUCCCCGGAUGCCGGCCGGCGGAGGAAUUCUUGCAACUCCUCCUCGCCCGACUCCAAGUGCGCCAUCUGCCUGGACCGCAUGGACAACCGCGCCCUGGCAAGCUCCUGCAUGCACAGCUUCUGCUUCCUGUGCAUCCUCGAGUGGGCCAAGAACAAGGCGGACUGCCCGCUGUGCAAGCAGCCCUUCCGCUCCAUCAUCUACAACGUGAGGAGCAACUCGAGCUUCGACGAGUACUGGCUCACGCCCGAGGAGAACGGCUCGUUCUCGAGCCCCGACGGCCGGCGCUUCCGCUACCGCUCGACGCUCACGCACGAGCGCCUGCGCGCCGAGCGGCGGGAGGAGUCGGGGGUCCUCUUCGAGGCGGCGUCGCGGCGCCAGCCGCCCUCGCGUGUCGACGCGCACAUCCAGCGGAUGCUGCAGCAGCUGCGCGAGCGCCGGCGUGCCCGCCUCAACAACCGCAGCCUGCGCUGCCUCAAGGAGGAGGAGGUGAUGGCGUUCCGCAGGGCGUUGUACCGGCGGGGCGUGCGGGUGCGGCGCGUGGAAGACGGCGGGCGCCACCGCACCGUCAGCCCCGACUUCUUCCUGCAGAACCCGGCGACGCUGCACCGCCUGGUGCCGUGGCUCAAGCGCGAGCUGACGGUGUUGUUCGGGCGCAGGGAGUCGAUCGUGAGCUUCGUGCUCCACCGCAUCCUGGAGAACAUCACGCGCUUCCACCUGGAGAGCGACGCCUUCCUGCAGGACCUGAAGCCCACGCUGCAAUACCGCACGGAGCACUUCCUCCACGAGUUCGCCAGCUUCGCCCGCUCGCCCUUCAACAUGGAGGCGUACGACGAGCGCGCCUUCUACGACGCGGUCGUGCCGGGCGACGGCGACGGCGCCGAGAGCAGCGAGUCUUCCGUCAUCGCCAUCUCGCCAGACCCCGCGGACGAUCCGCCGAGCGUGCGCACGCUGUGCCUCCUCAAGUCCCCCUCGUCGCUGCCGUCUCCCCCGGGGCUCUCCGAGUGGGACGACGAGACCCCGGGGCCGUCCUACGCGAGCCGGGAGGAGGCGGUUCCGGACGGCAGCCCGGAAACCCCGGAACGGAGGUGCUGGAGCAGGCGCGGCGUCGCGGGGACGUACGCCUCGGCGACGCCCAGCUCGUCCGCGCGCAGCAGGGAGAGCGACGAGGAUGGAAACGUCACCCCCUUCGUCGCCGUCACCGCCGCGGCCUCCCAAGAGGUCCUCCCCGAUGUGAAGAUGCAGAAGCCGUGCCCGCCACCAGACAGCGGCGACAGCGACUUGGACGACUGCGUGAUUGUCGGCUACGUGAAGCCCCUGGCCGAGCGGACGCCCGAGCUCGUCAUGCUGUCGUCCGACUCCGGCGACGAUGAGGAGGCCGCCGCCCCCGGCACGUCCGGGAUGGACGAUCCCGGCGGCGCCGCCGCCGCUGUUGCAAAGGAAGCGCCGACGUCGCGCCCUCUGGACCGCAAAUAUCCGCCGGCGCCGCCUUCCAUUUCUCUGUGCGAAACCGAGGUGGACAGGGACAGCGACAGGACGCAGUGGCUCUCGGACAGCUCCGUCAGCAGCCGUCGGAGGACGACGACGACGAGGAGCAGGAGGAGGAGGAGGCGGUCGGCGGAGAAGCCCAAGUGCGGGACGUCGAGCAGGAGCGACGCGGCGCAACCCAGGGAGGUCUCUUCCCGGAGAGAGAACUCCCGUAGCGGGAGCAGGGAGCCGAGGUCGUCCAGGAGGAGCAAACAGAAACACAGGCAGUCGAGAGAGGUGAGCGUUGACAUCUUUGAGGACUGGGACAGGAACGUAUCUCACUCCCGGAAGUCGAGAGACGAGGACGAUCGCCGGGAUUGGGAUCGAUCCAGGGGAUACAGGGAUAGAUCCCGCAGCAGAGAUAAAGCGCACGGCAGGUUGUACGGCAGCGACUGGUCGAGUGACAGCGAGCGAUCGGUGGGCAGAGGCAGGUUCAGCGAGCAGGGGAGGAGCAGGAAUCAGAGGGAAAGGUCUCGGGACCGCCACAGGGAUAAGACGCACAAGAGAGGCCAGGAGAGCUCCUGGGCGAGCGAGAGGCACAGGGGCCACAGGGCUUCGGCGGCCAGGGAGAGGUCGUGGAGCGACGAGAGGACCCGCGCUCGGGAAGACAGGGCGGCCGAGGAUCAUCGCCACCACGGCGGGCGGUCGGAGAAGCCGGGCGGGAAGAGGAAGUGCAAGACGCACCACAUCGAGCACGCGUACUACCUGUCCUACUCGAGCGGCGCCCGCGAGCACAGGGAGCCGGCGUCCGCCAGCCACUCGCCGGAGCGCUACCGGGGCCACUACCGCAACGCCCCCUCCCAGGCGCUGGAGCUGGCGCCGGGCCCGUCGCACCACAAAGCGUGCGCCGUGCCGCACGGCCGCGUCAAGCGCAGCCGCAGCUCCAGCGUGGAGAUCGUGUUCGAGGGGAAGUUGACCAUCGACGCCGAGCACUUCCGCAAGUCGCGGAGGAAGAGGAAGAAGUCGAAGCACAAGCGAAGGCACUAGCAGGGCCCCAACUCGGACGUGGUUCCUGUAGGCCUGGGCCAGAAUGCCACGUGGGCACCCCCCCCCCGCCACGCUAAUUUCUCGGUCUGAUUUUGUACGAGGCCCCGGGGUGAAUUGCCUCGUUUCCUCCCCGACCACCAACUACGGCGACCGCUAUGGCCGCUCAAUUAGCGGCCGCACGUUCAGUUCCCUCCCUCCCUGUGAAAGCGUUCCAUGUCGACGCUGCCUUCGCCUGCGGUUGGAGUUUGUGACCGCUGCUAGAGAGAGCGCCGAAGCCUCGGGGUGCGUGCGCGUUGCGGUUUGGCGCGUGCACGCAACACCGGGCUGCGUUUGAGAGAGGCCAUCUUCCGCCCGGGCCUGACCCACGGCCCCGCAAAACCUCAUACUCGUGACCGGGGCGGGUGGCGGGCAUGUGGUGGCUUAGGUCGGCCACAAGGGGGCCCCCCAAAUCAACAAAUAAACAAGUCACAUUUUUUUCUUUGUUUAAGAAAAUGUGUCCCAUAAUGUUUUUUUUCUUCCAACAAUUAACCAUCAAUGCCCAAAAAAAAACCUUUUGACAGAUGAAAUAUUUUUUUUCAAUAAAAAUACACAAAGCGUAAAAUCUAGUAUCGCUACUGCUGUUUGUCACUGAACAUCGGCUUUUUAUUUUGUUCACUGACUUGCGCAUGGAAAGCAAGACUCAUGAUUACUUAAUAGCGAGUAUUGUUACCUUAAAAUAUUUAUUUUAUUAUUAACUGCCACCGUAAGACUGUCUUCCUCUAAAGCCCAAUGCACGGUGCAGCUAAAGUAAUCCGUAGACGACAUUUUAUUGUGUACGGGUUAAAAAUCAUCCGUAGCAACUUCGGGAAAAUUGAGUCGUGAGAAAGGAGGGGAGCCCACAAACAUAUCUCGCAUAGCCCCCACACAUUCAAGAGCUCUCCCCCAACAGAGCGCCCGUCGCACACAGCGCCUCGUCUUCUCGGGGCUUAGCUCUUUGCUUGUAAUAUCUCGACACCUGUUGCUACUGCUGCUAUGAUUAAAAAUAUUUUGCUUUGCUUCGGAA